GUCACCCUUCUUCUUUCACUCCACGACAUGGCCGAAACACAACCUCAACCGAACAUCCCCGCAACCAACGACGUCGUAUCGGCUCCUACAAAGGAGCACCUCGGAACAAGAUGCGGCUAUUGUCUCUGCAAAACCUUCUGGAUUUUUCUGGUCCUCGUUAUCAUUCUCGUUAUGCUUGUGAUUUUGGUCUUAUACAUCAUCAUCACACCCCGCUCCUUCAGAUUCCACGUCACCGACGCCAAGCUCACGCAAUUCGACUACGCCGCCAACACAUCCACCCUCAACUACAACCUCAUACUCAACAUCACAGCACGCAACCCGAACAAGAAGCUCAAGAUCUACUACGACAUCGUUCGGGCCAACGCGCUCUACGACGGCGUUAGGUUUUCCACCACCGACGUCAACAUGCCCUGGAAUUCCUACCUUCAGGACAAGAAGGGCACCAACCUUUUCAGCGCCGUUUUCUCGGGACAACAUGUGAUGGUGUUCGAUCGAAACCAGGUUUCUGACUUCCAUGAAGAUACCAAUGAUGGGGUGUUCCCUAUUGAUAUAAAAAUCAAGUUUCGUAUCAGGUUCAGGCUUGGGGAUUAUAUUUCUGGGCACUUCAAUGCCAGAGCCACGUGCGAGCUCAACGUUCCUUUCACUGAUUCCAAUGGGAAAACGGUGGCUGCGACUGCGUUUGACUCGACCAAGUGCCAAGUCGAUUUCUGAAUCCUUGCUUGUGGCUGCGUUGUUCAUAAUGCACUAUUUUCUAAUUUCCUCACUCGUGAAUGAAAAAUUGUGUUCAUUACUUCACGUUUUUCUAAUAGAUUUCUUUUGAAGAUAUACAGUUUUACAAUGUAUGAUUUUGGAAGAAGUUGAGACGUUAGCAAUAUAUUUUCCAACAUAUUCAUUUUA